AUGCCUGAAGAUGGCGUCCCGCUCACACCAUCGUCCAAGCUCCUUUCGACUUCCGAGGUUGAGCGCUUAGCUUCGCUCUUCGUCUCUCAAGGCGUGAACAAGAUUCGACUUACGGGUGGAGAGCCCACAGUGCGGUCAGACCUACCGCAAAUCAUCUCAUCUCUCAACGCUCUCAAACAACAUGGACUCGAACAGAUUGGCAUCACCACCAACGGCAUCGCAUUGGGCAGGCGCAAACUGGACACGCUGGUGCAAAACGGUCUCACGCAUCUCAACAUCUCCUUGGACACGCUCGACCCAUUCAAGUUCGAGUUCAUGACGAGAAGGAGGGGGCACGAAGCCGUCAUGGACUGCAUAGAGCGAGCGCUGGCGCUAGGAGUGUCCAGCGUCAAGAUCAAUGUGGUGGUCAUCAAGGGCCUCAACGACACCAAGGAUGUUGUCGAUUUCGUGCGCUUCACUGAAGACAAGCCCAUUACCAUCCGCUUCAUCGAGUACAUGCCCUUUGACGGCAACAAGUGGCAGGUGCAGAAGCUCGUACCCUACCGCGACCUUGUCAAAACGAUACAGAACGAGUUUCCGACGUUCGAGCGUGUUGCCAAACGCGAUGAUCCCAACGACACAUCCAAGCAUUGGCGAGUUCCUGGCCACCAGGGCACCGUCGGCUUCAUCACAAGCAUGACGGACAAUUUCUGCGGAGCGAGCAAGCAGCGCAAGCAAAAUUCUGGCGUGUUGAUGAAGCGGACCACGGCGCCGGCAACCAAACGCAUCUCCGGGAGUCUCUUUACCCGCGCGAGGGCGUUCCACUCCUCGGCACGGAGACAGAGGCAAGACAAAGAUGAUGACGACGACGAUGAUAGCCCGUGGGGUGAUCUGGACAAGGCGUUCGAGAAUCUACAGGACAAGUCGCUGUACAAGCAGGUCUACCUCAAACACCCUUCCGACACUGCUACACCCGCUUCCAACAGUUCGGCACCAGGCACGACGCCAGCCAAGGACCCGAUCGCCGAGAUGGAAGAAGCCAUCUUUGCGCAAGCUGGAGCUGCUGCUGUCAAGACGACUACGAAACCAAUUCGCUCAACGGCAAGCGCCUUGAGCGGUGUUAGUUUCUCAGACAUGCCGCCUUCCGCCUCAGGAGCUGGCGGAAUGGCUGCAGGAUCUAUGUCACACGGUGCGGGACUCCACGGCAGCAUGCCCGGUGCACAGGCGAGCGCCAGAUGGUCGGAAUACAUGCAGGAGGAUGGUCCCCAAGACGACUCGCCUUGGGCGUCGCUGGAUGCUUUUGUAGACAAUCCUGAGUCGUCGGCUCAAUUUGCCGUGCCAUUGCAUCUGCAACAUCAGCAGAACGUGAUGCAAAUCAGGGCGCAACAGCACGCACCACAAUUCUAUCCUCAGCCGCCGCAGCCGCAACAGGAGCAAUAUACUGCAGGCGAAGCCCUGGCGGCUACGGAUGAUCUGCUGCGUCAGCAGAUGCAGCUGCAAUCGACCCAGGAGCAUGAUACAGAAGAGGAUGCCUUUGCUCGAGCGGGAGCAGCUGCAGUUGCUCAGCUCCUCAACCACUCUGUCGCUUCUUCCGCAAGCCGCAGUCACGUGGUGGACGCAGAGGACUCGACCCAACUCUCGCACAUCGACCCAGCCACCGGCGGAGCAUCGAUGGUCGACGUCUCGCACAAAUCCACCACUGCCCGCUCCGCCACCGCCGUCGGCCGAGUCUACCUUCCCUCCUCGGCCUGCAACCUUCUGCUUGCCACCGAAUCGCAGCAAGGCAUCUCGAACAAAGGUCCUGUUCUGCACACCGCACAGCUUGCCGGUAUCAUGGCAGCGAAACGCACCUCGGAUCUCAUCCCGCUUUGCCAUCCUCUGCCGCUUACGCACGUCGACGUCAAACUCGAUGUCGCAGAGGGAGAGGGAGAGGAGAGCUGGAUCCAGGUCGAGUGCACGGCUAGAACGGCAGGGCAGACAGGAGUCGAGAUGGAAGCGCUGACGGGGUGCACAUUGGCUUGCUUGACAGUGUGGGAUAUGGUCAAGGCGGUGGCGGGCAAGACGAUGAGAAUAGGCGAGAUCAUGGUCGUCAAGAAGAGUGGCGGAAAGAGUGGAGACUGGGUCAGAAGGACGUAG